AUGCCAACUCAACAAGCAGUUCACAAAUUAGUAAAAAAGUUUGAUGAUACAGGUUCUGUCGAAGAUUCACCACAAAAUGGCAGACCGACAACAGUUAGAACAGAAGAAAAUAUGCAACUCGUUUCUGAAACUUUUGCUCAAAAUCCACAAAUGUCUCAAAGACGUGCAUCACUGGAGCUUGGUAUCUCACGUAGAAGUUUACAACGUCUUAUGCAAGAUGUGAAUUUAAAACCAUAUAAGCCAAGAUUGUUACAGACGUUGAACGAAGAUGAUCCAGAUCGACGAUUGGAAUUUUGUGAAUGGAUUUUAAAUUCAACACAAGAAGAUCCGACUCUAUUAGAUUGCAUCCUUUGGACGGAUGAAGCUACAUUUCAAAUAAACGGUCGUGUCAACAGACACAAUUGUGUUUAUUGGAGUGAUACGAAUCUACAUUUUAUCAUUGAACAAGAGCUCAAUGUGCCACAAGUGAUUGUUUGGAGAGGAAUAUGGUUAACGGUGUUGUUGGACCAUUUUUUUUGA